GAUAUAGUUUUUAAUUCCCGCAAAAUGUUCGUUUGUCUUCCAGCUCAAGGUACUAGGUGCUGGGAUUGACCGGCAUAUGGGAAAAUUGCUGGACUUUGCAACAAAACUGGGACAUAUGAUAGAAAAGAAGGAAGACCGACAGCUUAAAACAGAUGUGGUCGAAGACCGAGUGGAGAAUAGUGAAGCUAAAAUGGAAUUGGAUGAGCAGCCUCUAGAGAAGGACCAGGUCGAGCCACAAGUGGAGACAACUGGAGAGAAAUGUGAAGAAGAUCCUCAAGAGAAGAAUCGAUUUGAGGUGGUGGAGAAUGAAGCUGAGAACACUGUAGAGAUACCGGACGAGGAG